GUCUGGCUACAGGUCAUGAUCGCUCCCAUUGUCUACAACACAGUGAUCAUCAUUUUGAGGACGUGCUUCACUACAAUUGCAAUGAGUUACCUGCCUGUGUGGCUUACACUGGACUAUCUGUCAGACCUCAUGUAUUUGGCUGACAUGAUCAUCACUCUUCAUACAGGUUACUUGGAACAAGGCAUCCUGAUCAAGGACCUAACUCAUUUGAAGAAGCGCUACCUGCACUCAAUACGUUUCCUAAGGGAUGUGAUGUCCCUGCUGCCCACCGACUUCCUCUACUUUGUCUUUGGCAUCCAAACCCCGCUGUUAAGGAUCAACCGCCUUCUGCGAAUGCCACGACUCAACGAGGCCAUGGAUCGCAUGGAGACGAGAACCUCCUACCCCAACACCUUCCGCAUCUCCAAGCUCAUGAUCUACAUCUUUGUGUUGAUCCACUGGAAUGCCUGUCUCUACUUCGCACUGUCCAGCUACAUCGGCUUUGGAAGUGACAAUUGGGUGUACCCAAACAUGACCAACUCAGAGUUUGCCUCCAUGCGUCGUCAGUACUUUUACUGCUUCUGGUUCUCUGCCCUGAUUUUCACCACAGUAGGAGACACACCACUACCAGAACAAGAAGAGGAGUACUUGUUUAUGAUUGCAGACCUGCUCAUUGCUGUGCUGGUGUUUGCAUCGGUUGUUGGCAAUGUUGGCACGGUCAUCACAAACCUAAGGGAUCGUGACAAUGUCUUCUUCCCUAACCAUGAGCUGGUGAAAGCAUACCUGCGUAGCCAUCACAUUAGCAAGGAGCUUAGACAACGUAUCGACAACUGGUACCAGCACCUUCACAUCAACAAGAAGAUCAUGCGAGAGAAUGAAAUCCUGGAGCAGCUGCCCAUACACUUGAGAACAGAGAUCGCUGUCAGUGUUCACCUUCCCACACUCUCCAAAGUCACCAUCUUCCAGAGCUGUGAGAAAAGUCUGCUGGAGGAGCUGGUGCUUAAACUAACACCUCAGGUGUUCAGUCCAGGAGAGUACGUCUGCAAAAAAGGAGAUGUGGGCCAUGAAAUGUACAUCAUCAGAGAGGGAAAACUUGCAGUUGUAGCAGAUGAUGGUGUCACAGAGUUUGCUGUACUGGGUGAAGGGAAUUUCUUUGGGGAAAUUAGUAUCCUCAAUAUCAAAGGUAACAAGUCAGGUAAUCGUCGCACCGCCAACAUCCGAAGCAUUGGCCACUCUGACCUGUUCAGCUUGUCCAAAGAAGACCUGACAGACGUGCUAUCUGAGUUCCCUGCAGCCAAACGUCACCUGGAGGAGAAAGGCAGACAGAUCCUCACUAAGAUGGGCAUGUUGGAGGAGAGUGGGGAGGGAGAGGAGGGUGAGGUAGUGAAAGUGGAAACCAAGAUAGAAAGGCUGGAGAGGAAUUUGGAAAUCCUACAAACAAAACUAGCUCGACUUAUGUCGGAAUUAGAGUCCAGCAACCGCAAGAUGCAGAGCAGAGUGGAGCAGCUGGAGCGGGAGGUGGCAGCACUAGAGUGUCAGCCUCCAGAAGAUGGGGAAGAAGGAGAAAGAGCACAGGGAAGAGGGGAAGGGGUGGGAGGGGAGAAACAGGGAGACGAUAGUAAUGAUGUGACCAAAGAGGGAGAUGGAGAGAGCACCAAAAGUACAAAAGAGGAUGUGGAAAGGAUGACGGAGGGAGAUAAAUCUGGGCUGAAAGACCCUGAUGAUCAGGGAAAGCAAGAAGAAGAUGAUGGAGAGAAAAUCAGAGAGAAAGGAGAUGACAGACCUGGAAAAGGAGAUGGAGCUGAGAUUGAACCUGAAGGCGAGAAAGAAGAGAAAAGUGGAGAGAGAGAAUCUGAAGAUGGGAGAGAAAAAGCUGAAGAAGACCCAGAAACAAGAGAGAAGGGGCAGAAAGAUGAAGGGCAGAAAAAAUGA